AUUCGCGUAUGUGAUUCUUAGUGAAAAUUGUGGAUAUAUUGUCAAUAAUAACAUAAAGUGUGAACAGACGAUUAAAAAUGUGUGUGAAUAAGUUCAUACCGGUUUAAAAUGUUUAUAUUUACCUAUUUUACUGGGUAAAACUAUAAAAAUAUUGCAAAAGCGAUUAUCUCGGCAAGUUGUAGUGAUUUAAAUAAUUAAUAUGGGCAUAGUUAUGUAAGGUGACAAUAAUGCGUAAUACCAUUCGGCAAUUUCUGUUUUUUUCUUUUUUAUUUCUGCUAUUUACCUAUCCAUCUAAAAGUGAUAUGAUCCUAGAUUCCAAACCUCAGUUAACUUCGCGAACAGUCAGAACUAAGUACGGUGACGUGAGUGGCGUAAUCUUUUCCUUGGAUUCUAAAUACCUUGAACCUGUUGAGGUGUUCCGCGGGAUUCCGUACGCGAGCCCUCCGUUGGGUAGUUUGAGGUUUAUGCCACCGGUGACAGGUGCAUUGUGGCAAGGUGUAAAGCUUGCGGAUAGAUUUAGUCCGGUAUGCCCUCAGAGAUUGCCAGAUAUUUCAAAUGAGACGGCUGCGUUAAGGAGGAUGCCUAAGGGGCGAUUGGAAUACUUGAAAAGGCUGUUACCCUAUUUAAAGGAGCAAAGCGAGGACUGCCUCUACUUGAAUAUAUACGCUCCAGCUCAAGGUAGGAUUAAUUUUUUAGAAUUAAUCAAGAAAUAUAAAUGA